AUGUUGCUAUGGCGAUUUGUUGGCCGCACUAAUGUCAUCCUUUCUAACGGCGUUAACUGGCAACGGCACUCCCGCGUUGUCAAAUCCGCACUGAAUCGAAAUGUGCCUAUUGAGAAGUUUGCUUCGCUCACCAAAAGACUCUUCUCCGUCAUGGGCGACGGCGGACGUCUCCUGACUUUUAGCACAACACUAACAGAGGCAAGCCGAUUCAUUUUGUGCCUCCUAUCAGGCACAACCGCUCUUGGACAUGACUUCAACACCAUCGUCGACAAUCACAGUCCCUUCGUGGCGAAAUAUAACGAGGUCAUGGACAGCAUUGCUUCACCGUUAUUUUUGGUAUUCCCAAAACUCGAAACCUGGUUCCCCCGCAAGCACGUCAUUCGUAAGAUCGACGAUCUCGUGAAUGACUUCGGCAAACUUCUAGAGGACAAAAAACAACGUCCCGGCAAUGACAUGCUCACCUAUAUGCUUGAGGAGCCGGAGAUGACCGACGAAGAGUUCCGGGAUAACAUGGUCGUCUUCUUCAUAGCCGGGCAUGACACGACUGCGGGCGCAAUGUCGAGUUUCGUUUAUUACCUUUCGAAACACCCAGAGGCACAGGUUCGCGCUAGAAAAGAAGUCGUUGCGGCUCUGGGAAAAGAUGAACCUAACAUCGAAAAUCUGCGUCACAUGCCUUUCCUUCAAGCUUGCAUCCGAGAGUCCCUCCGGAUCAACACCCCCAUUGUGAGUUGUUUGUCGUUAAUGGUCAUUUUAUCACCAAUAUUGAGGGCUAUUAUUCCAGACCUAUGUUCUAACGGAAAGUCCUAUCACAUUCCAGCUAAGGCAUCUGUGAUCAUGAAUAUUUGUGCCAUCCACUACAACGAAACUUAUUGGCCGAAUCCGUACAAAUUCGACCCUACAAGAUUCAUGAACCAAGGCGAUGGUGAAGAGGCGCGAAUCGACGCCAGUCUUUGGCUACCAUUUGCCCUUGGCCCCAGGCAAUGUCCUGCAAGGAACUUUGCCAUGUACGAGCUGAGGACCUUGGCGUCGAUGUUGCUUCAACAAUGGGAAUGGAAUCUUCCAGCUGACUCGCCUCAUCAUGACAGCAUCAAGAAUGGUUUCUCUCCAUUCGCAUUGAGUCUGCCUAAAGAUAUGGAUAUUAUUUUCCGCAGGGUUGAGCAGUAA